CGCUCCUUCAACCUCGAAAUAUACAAUUUCACCCUGACCAAUUACACUUCGGAUGUUUUACAAGAAUUUGGUGCAAAUGUCACCAAAAUAGCACCAAAUGUAUUUUCUCACAAUAUGUGGUUUCAAUUUGCCAGAGAAUUGGCCAAAAAUGCCGAAAUUGAAGUUCUGAUAAAUGUUCGUCCGCUAAAAUCGAAAAAGGUUAUGAAAUUUUUCGAUAUGAAAUGGAAUGUGUGUGAGGCUUUAAGAAGCUUCAAAGCCAUACCGAUGGUCAACCAGAUCUACAGUGAAUUGAAAAGGACAUCGAAUUUGCCGAUUGCGUGUCCCCUAAAGGCGAAUUAUUUGUACAAGCUAACCAAUUUGAUAAUACGAGCGGAUAAUUUUCCAAAAUACACACCAACUUUGGAUUUCAACUAUACGGCAAUGUUUUUUGAAGAUCACCAAAUGUUUGGAAAACUUCAAACCCUGGGUGCCAUAGUUCCUAGGGGGUGAAAUAAUGAAAGAAACAAGAAACAAAAAAAUAGUACUACUACUCAAAAAGGUUUUUCCUCCGCCUCAAUAAAAUAAAGAAAUAUUUUCGCG